GCAUGGAGAUUUAAACCUUCUUAAAUUAAUAAACCCCCUGCACAUUAUGUACUCAAUCCUCGUUAUUGUUUUAAUUAACAUAAAUACAUAUGAUAAAUUCAUAAUACAAUUAUAAUCAGCUUUAAAUCAGAGGAAUUAAAAAGAUAGAGAAAAAAAAAGAUAUAGAGAUGAUGAUGAUGAAGAAAACCUUCUUCUACAACUUCUUCCCGACCAAAAGCGAAGAAGAAGCGUCGCCCAAGGCGGCAGGGCAGGUGUCACGUGUUCUGGUGGAAGCACGUGACGUGCUCCCUCCGCCGGCGGCGGACCCGGCGAACCCGUGGCAGAUAAGGAAGACGCUGACGCAGUACGAGGUGAUCACGGGGAUGCUGGUGGCGCCGUUCGCGGAGACCAUGGAGCACGUUUUCCGGUACUGGGGGCUGUGCACGGCGACCCGGGUGGUGCUGGGGCAGAAGACCGCCGUGGAGGUGUGGGACGUGACGGCGGCGGCGGAGCAGAACUGCCCGCCGAAGAGGUACGCCGGCUGCUGCUUCGAGGUGCUGCCCAGCGACGACUAUGUGCUGGCGUGUAUGGAUCUGUUCAAGGACCGGAACUUGGCGCCGGAGGACGAGGUCGGGCUUUAUUGGGACUUCAAUUGUUCCGUCUUCCGGUUUAAGUUGCUCCGGAAGGCCGCCGCCGUCAAGUAGUCCCCGGCGGACGGCCGUCUUCUUCACAUUAGAUAAGAUUUUUGCAGUUUUUGUUUUUUCUGGUAAUUAAGUACGUAUAUAUUAGAAUUUUUUAAAUCGGCUUUCUCCUUAAAUUUUAUUGGAUAAUUUCUCCAUGGUAAACAUAUUUUGUUGAGAUAGAACAAACAUUGUUGAUCUAGAACCCACAAAGAAGUGGACACUAUAAAACUUAUCCUCCAUU